AUGGCGAGAACCCAGAAGGAGAACCCUUACCUGUCAGACCUACCAUCCUGGGUGGAUCAGUGUGAGUUUGAUGUCAGUGGAAAUUCACCAAAUGUGGCGUUAUCACUGGAGAUGAGAAAUUGCCUGAGUGAGGUCCCAGAUUCGCAAGAAUCUAUAAGAAGAAAUAACAAUUCAGCAGCAGCUCUGAACAAGACCGAGGCUCAGUCCUUUGCUCCCACAGAAGAGUUGAGUACAGAGGCUCUGGUGAGGCAAGGGCCAGAAACAGGACUGGGGGGCGGGGGGCACCGACUGCCAAGGAGAGUCUCGGGUGUGGUCUGA